UUGUAGUCCUACCAAACACUACGUUCAGUCGUGGACAGAUAGUGCAGCAACCCACAUGACUGGUGUAUAGCUAGACACUUUUCGCUGCGAAGAAGUGAAUAAAAAACGGAAUAUAACGAUACGAACUACCAAACUAGAAGAACUUGCGCCGAAGGACAUACGAAGGACGCAAAAGGAAGCAUUUUUCCUCUGUGUUGCAAAGCUGUGGCUUGUUGGACAAAGUCUUGUUCUCUCCCCUGUGCAUGUUCAAAUCGGAGGAGUGCAUUGGUACGGUGACUCGGCCAGACACCGUCUAGUUUUUAAGCGGAGCGGCAAGGCAACACCAGAGGCAUGAUUUUGAGAAGGGGCUCAGUUGUUGGAGUUACUGAUUUUUGCUUACAUGCCUUAUUGUUGUGCUUUUGUGCAAAGGUGGCGGAGGGAACGGGUCAGUUCGAGUUGGAGAUUUUAUCGAUGAACAACCUGAACGGCGAGCUUCUUAGCGGGCUGUGUUGUGACGGCUCACGGAUCACCGGGGAUCGGAAAUGCAGGAUGGAUGAGUGUGAUACGUAUUUUAAAGUGUGUUUGAAGGAAUACCAGUCGCGGGUUUCGGCUGCGGGACCUUGCAGCUUCGGGUCCGGUUCUACCCCUGUCCUUGGAGGGAAUACAUUUUCUUUGAAGAACUCGGCGAAGAACGAAAGAUCCAAGAUUGUUUUGCAGUUCAGUUUCGCCUGGCCGAGAGGGAGUGAGAUGUGAGUGAAAGGGAGAGAGACAUAUGGGUCUGUCCCGUCCACCUAGACCUCGUCUCUGUCCAACCUAGCUUAUGGUCCUGGCUGCUCCAGGAGGCUCAGUGGCCCUGGUCCUGGCUGCUCCAGGAGGCUCAGUGGCCCUGGUCCUGGCUGCUCCAGGAGGCUCAGUGGCCCUGGUCCUGGCUGCUCCAGGAGGCUCAGUGGCCCUGGUCCUGGCUGCUCCAGGAGGCUCAGUGGCCCUGGUCCUGGCUGCUCCAGGAGGCUCAGUGGCCCUGGUCCUGGCUGCUCCAGGAGGCUCAGUGGCCCUGGUCCUGGCUGCUCCAGGAGGCUCAGUGGCCCUGGUCCUGGCUGCUCCAGGAGGCUCUGUGGCCCUGGUCCUGGCUGCUCCAGGAGGCUCGGUGGCCCUGGCCCUGGCUGCUACAGGAGGCUCGGUGGCCCUGGUCCUGGCUGCUACAGGAGGCUCGGUGGCCCUGGUCCUGGCUGCUACAGGAGGCUCGGUGGCCCUGGUCCUGGCUGCUACAGGAGGCUCGCUGGUCCUGGCUGCUACAGGAGGCUCGGUGACCCUGGUCCUGGCCGCUACAGGAGGCUCGGUGGUCCUGGCCGCUACAGGAGGCUCGGUGGCCCUGGUCCUGGCUGCUACAGGAGGCUCGGUGGCCCUGGUCCUGGCCGCUACAGGAGGCUCGGCGGCCCUGGUCCUGGCCGCUACAGGAGGCUCGGCGGCCCUGCUCCUGGCCGCUACAGGAGACUCGGCGGCCCUGGUCCUGGCUGCUCCAGGAGGCUCGGUGACCCUGGCCGCUACAGGAGGCUCGGCGGCCCUGGUCCUGGCUGCUACAGGAGGCUCGGUGACCCUGGCUGCUCCAGGAGGUUCGGUGCUGUGUGAGACCAGGAGUAAUGCCGCAUUUGCUUUAUACAUGCUCCUCUCGUGUGCCAGUUAAUUACUCCAGUGAAACAGAGAACCAUGUUCUUUAUGGUUUCACCUCCCUCUCUUCCUUUAACGAGGUAAUGCUCGUCCUCGCUCCUCUCUCUACAGUGUGUUCAGAAAGUAUUCAGACCCCUUUGUAUUUUUCCACAUUUUUGUUACUUUACAGCUUUAUUCUAAAAUUGAUUAAAUAGUUGUUUCCCCUCAUCAAUCUACACGCAAUACACCAUGACAAAGCAAACACUGGUUUUUAGAAGGUUUUGCAAAUUUUAUAAAACAUUUUUUAAAUUAAAUGUUACAUUAACAUAAGUAUUCAGACCCUUUACUCAGUACUUUGUUGAAGCACCUUUUGGCAG